AUGUUGGCGCUCAAGUCUAUGCGGCCUUCCGACUUCUUUUAUCCAAACGAGCCCCGGCCGAUAGCCAAGGAACUUCCAUCCGAGAUCUUGGACAUCAUUGCAAGACACGUCCUUCAGGAUGGCCUUGGUCAAUUCGACAGUCUGAUCUCCUUUGCUUCAGUUUCCAACCACUUUCGCCAAUCCGCACUACCUCUACUUUACAAUACCGUCUCCCACAUUGUGCGAGACCGCCUGGACCAAGCCGAAGGCGGUUUGCUUCGGCGCCUUGUCAAUCAUGACCAUCUCCUCUGUCACGUGCGCUCUCUGCAUCUCAGGAGACCCGUGGACAUCAAAGGCUUUAUACCUCCUCAAGACCAGAACCUUGCAGCCAGCCUGACUGAGACGUACCGCGCCUUGGACUUGCGAGUCAUUCGUGAAACUCUUCUGGCAAUGCCUCGACUCCAGCAGAUCAGGUUGGAUUGCUCGGCAGAUGCUGCUCAUCAUGUCCUGAAGAUGUUACCACAGGAUCGCACAUAUGAAGUCAUUCUUGACCGAGUCUAUUCAUCAUCUCAGUGGCCAAGUCUGGUCGAAGCCACAGUCGAUCUUGCACUGAUAGCACCGUGUCACAAAGUCAGUCUAGGCGCGUUUGGUAGCCCACCAACAGGGAAGACCAUAACCAGCCAGGCAACCUACGAUGCAAUCUCAAGGGCCAAUGCCAUAGACCUCCACAUGGCUUGGCUGCUUUCACCACAUCAAGCGUCCCCAGAGUUCUUCCCGAACCAUCCCUUUGGCCCUGGCAUGCGGGAUCCAGCCGCAUGGGAUGAGCUCCGCCUUCUUGUACGGCGAGCUGAUGGAACCUCUCGCCAAUCUCUCCAUGAUCUUGAUGCCAGCAUUCCUUGGGGCAAUCUAAGACGUUUAUCCAUCAUCUGGGAGUAUUCAGUACCUAUGAAUCAGUUCAUCCAUGAUAUCUCAACACAUCUCACCAGACUCGAAGCACUCCGCCUGCGUGCAGACCAUCGUAGACUGUAUCACCCACUUUGCAAAUACGAGGUUCCCAUAUCAGGGCUCUUUGCUGAUGUUCCUCAUGUUCCUGAGUUUGAGAUCAAUUUCACCCAGAUGACACACCUACGCGAACUCGAGAUCGAUGGCAUAUGCAAUCAUGUUCCCAUCCAGGGAUUAGUAGGUCCUGGACUCAGAAGCUUUCGACUCCAUCGCGAGGACGCAUGGUGGUCAGUUUACAGCGCAGAGAGUCAGAGGACCCCAGCCGAUAUUGCCGUCGCUGCCAAGUUAGCACCAAAUCUUGAGCGGCUCGAAUUGGACAUUGGCUAUAUCGAUACCUUGUGGCAUCCAACCGCGAUUCCCGGUGUCGAUGUCGAUGUUGAACAGUACUCUUUCUUGGACGCAAUAUGCAAAUUCCGAAAGUUGAAAUUCCUUCGCCUGUUCCCACCGUUUGUCCCCAAGAACACUCCACGAUUUAGUCCCCGAGCUCCACAUUGUCUUCCAGUUUCGGAUGAUCAAGCAAUUCGACUGUUUGAGCAUCUGCGACGCAAAUGUCAGUCGCUGCAAAUAUUGUCAAUUGCUGCCGUUCCGUCAUUCGUCGACAUCGAUACCAUGUGUUGGGAAGUCAGACGGAAGGGCGAGAAGACGAUUUUGACGACUAAACAUCGCGAAAGGAAUUACCAACACCGACAAAUCUGGGUUGGCCAACGGAGAUUGACUAGUGAGAUCAAAAGGUUCACAACACCACAGAAAUACUUGACUGACUCUGAUUCAUGGGUCCUCACCCGAAAUGAUGUACAUGACAUCCGAUGA